AUGUCUCUGAGGGACAAUGGCUCAGAGGUGACCGAGUUUGUCCUGCUGGGCUUCGUGGGCUCGAGGGGGCUCCAGCUGGGCCUGCUGGCGCUGUUCCUGCUGGCCUAUAUGCUGACCAUCACAGAGAACGUGGUCAUAGUGGCUGUGAUCCGCACCAGCCCCCUGCUGCACAAGCCCAUGUACCUGUUCCUCAGCCACCUGUCCUUCCUGGAGGCCUGGUACAUCUCUGUCACCGUCCCCAAGAUGCUGUUCAGCCUGGCUGUGCCCGAGUGCCGGCACAUCUCCUUUGCUGGCUGCAUGGCCCAGCUCUACUUCUUCCUGGCCCUGGCCUGCACCGAGUGUGUGCUGCUCUCCGUCAUGGCCUACGACCGCUACGUGGCCAUCUGCAGCCCGCUGCGCUACCCCACCAUCAUGCGCCCCGGCUUUUGCAGCCUGCUGGCCGCCAGCUCCUGGCUCUCGGGCUUCAGCGUCUCCAUGGGAAAGGUCUUCUUCAUCUCCCGCCUGGGCUACUGCGGGCCCAACACCAUGAACCACUUCUUCUGUGACGUGUCCCCGCUGCUCAACCUCGCCUGCUCAGACAUGUCGGUGGCAGAGCUCGUGGACUUCCUGCUGGCCCUGCUCAUCCUGCUGGGGCCACUGGCGCUCACCAUGUCUUCCUACGCCGCCAUCCUCGGCGCUGUGCUGCGCAUCCCGUCCGCCAGCGGCCGCCAGAAGGCCUUCUCCACCUGUGCCUCCCACCUGGCCGUGGUCGCCAUCUUCUACUCGGCCUCGCUCUUCAUCUACGCCCGCCCUCGCGCCCUCUACGCCUUCGAGUACAACAAGCUGGUGUCCGUGGUCUACACAGUGCUCACGCCCCUCGUCAACCCCAUCAUCUACUGCCUGCGAAACCAGGAGGUUAAGGGCGCGCUGCGCAGGCUGGCACAGAGGGCAGGCCAGGCUCUGCGGGCCUCCUCCUAG